GUGAUGGUAGCCGGUCGGGUGGUGUACGUUCACGGUGCGACGCCUGUUAUAUUAUAGAGGUUUUGAGGUGUGUGAGAGGGUUGCGCCCAUCGGGCACGGUGCGGUUGUGAUGUCGGAGCACCAGCAGGGAGGCUGGGGUGCUCAGGAGACUAUGUGGUGGCAGGGGGGUAUAGCCGCCGACCAUCAGCAGCAGCUGUACCAGCAGGCGGCCAGCACCAGCGAAAACACGAACACCCACCAGCAUUUCUCCUACAAAAUGGCCAACACGUUCCAGAAUCCGCAGACGACGGAGUCGAAUGUCGCGACAGGCCCUCGCGGCUACGAUUAUCGGCCGGCCGACGGCAUGACCGGUGGGAAUCCCCCGAUGAACGUGCCCGCGCCCGCCGCUCAGUGGUGGUACCCGCCAUCCACCAUGGACAAUAUGCACUCGUUGCCCGGCAUGCAGAACAAUAUGCAACAACAGCACAAUGUCCAGCAUCCACCUGUGCACAGUCCCCCGCCGACGCAAUCCGAGUCCCAAUCGAGGCAAGAGGAAGCGCAAAGACAGCACCAGGAAGCGAUCCAGCAGCACCAGCAGGCGAUAGCCGAGGCGCAGGCCAAGUUCCAACAGUUGCAGCAGCACGCCCAGCAGCUACAGCAAGCCCACCAGCAGUUGCAGCAGCACAACCAGCUCCAAAACAACCACCACAACCAGAACGCUCACACGCAACAGUCAGUGUUGCAACAGCACCAGCAACUGACGAAUCAGAACCACCACCAGCCGAAAAGCAGGAUGCCCAGGAAGGCCGACGGCAAGCCCAGGGGGCGGAUGAGCGCGUACGCGUUCUUCGUGCAGACCUGCAGCGAGGAGCACAAGAAGAAGCAUCCCGAUGAGAACGUCGUCUUCGCGGAAUUCUCCAAGAAGUGCGCCGAAAGAUGGAAGACAAUGGUCGAGAAGGAGAAGAAACGCUUCCAAGAAAUGGCCGAGGUCGACAAGAAGAGAUACGACAGCGAAAUGUCGAAGUACACCCCGCCUCAGGGCAAGAAGCGAAAGCACGCGAAGGACCCCAACGCACCGAAGAGAGCUUUGUCGGCUUUCUUCUGGUUCUCUAACGAAGAGAGGAGCAAAGUCAAGGGGGAGAAUCCCGAGUACGGUGUUGGAGACGUCGCCAAAGAGUUGGGCAGAAGAUGGGCCGACGCCGAUCCGGAAACCAAAAGCAGAUUUGAGGCUCUGGCUUCCCAGGACAAAGCUCGAUAUGAUCAAGAAAUGACUGCGUACAAGAACAGGAACAAUCCGAACAUGCAAAAAGCGGCAGUACCUGAGAACGAUGAAGAUGAGUACGAAGAGGCAGAUGAGGAUGACGACGACUAAAGAAGCUGUGAUCUCCCGAUUACCUCAUUUAAUCGCCUUGUGUGUACUUACAAAUAGACAUUGUGUGAGUGGUUCAAACAGUGCGCGGUACAUAUAGUUUUUAAAAAAUAUAUUAAUUUCGACUUUCCCCACCUCCCCAGUUCAUGUUGCAUUCUUUCAGUUUCUAGUACCAUGUAUGAUUAUCGUCUUUUAUAAUUAAUUUUAUUAAUUCAAUUCUUAUGUGCAGCAGUGGCGGACCGUUGAUUGUUCUAUGUAUCUUUGCUCUCUCGUUAAAAUUUCAAAGCCCUCAGGAUCCACGUGGUCCUCGAUUGUUCAUUCCGUUGUUUUAAGUAGUUGAAUUGUUGGGUUUCGGCUGCGCCACUGCGGCACAACGACCAACCUGUGUAUAAGGUCGUUCCCUACGGGUUAAGAAACAAGGUUAUUCAAGCAGCACCAGGACACGUCAAUCUCAAUUAUGUUUUUAUAAGUUUUUAUUUUUACGCGUUUGACUUCAGAUUAUAAACGGAUGCUUGGAAUGGAUAUGAUUGCAGCAAAAUCUGUAUUUGUAUCUGUAUUUUUAAGUAUUACUGUAGUUGACUGAUUUCUGAAAUUGUAAACAUGUUAAUAUACAAAAGAAUAAGAAGAAACAUCUGUGUGCUGCCAAUAAUUUAUUGAUAAAUAAUAUUUUAGCUGUUCAUUCGCGGCAAAUUAAUUUGUUUGCUGGCGUAACUUUCCGGAUGGAUUAGUUUGCCGCGUUCCACAGUGUGUACUUUGUAAAUACUCUAGUAUAUAUUGUAAUUUUUAAUCCCUAUGGUAUAAGCAGAGCAGAAUAUUUUUAUUAUUUAAAGAAAAUUGUUGAUAUAGUGAAUGGGUUAACCAAAGUACAUUGUACAUUUGUAAUGGACAAUAUUUAGUGAGGAUCAGUUCCUCUCGACUUCUUUUAAUUGAAUUGGCCGGAGUGGAUUCGGUUUUUUUAAAAAAAGCGGGCAAUUCGGUCGUGGAUUUUAAUUAGUUCGAAUUGUUCUGUUCUAUGACGUGUGAAGUGAAAUGUUAUCUCUUUAUCUAAUUUAAAAUAAAUGAAUGGUUACGUUUUCAGUUUUAGUACUGUUAAAUAAAUAUUUGUUAAUAAAUGUCCAUAAAAUGGAAACAUUUCACCUUUCGUUCACACUUAAUCAGAUUGCUCUGUAUUAUUUUAGGGUGCGAAAUAAAACUAGAAAGCAAUGUUUGUUUUUUAUACAGGCCCAAUGGUUUUCGUAAUUUUCUGUUGUAUAAUAAUUUUGGAAACUGAAAAAGAGCUUUCGAUAUUUAAUUGACUCGGUUGUAAUUGUCGUAAAAAUUUGCAUUAAAUAUGUUCGAGAGCAUUUUUUUCUUGUUCUUUAUCUUUAUUUACAUUUGUGAGGCAACAGAAAAUUACGGACGUUACGAUAACUGUAUCUGAAUAAAUAAACUAAAGAAUAAUGAACAAUUUAGUAUACAUUUUAUUAUUAUACAACAAACAUGGCCCUCGAUAAAUAAAAUUUGCAUUUAUAACUUA